AGGAAACCCAGGAGCCAGUGGUUUCUCUCGGUUUGUUCCAACUGUCCAAGUGGUUAUCUUUGACCUCCGGCCCUCAAGCCAGAAUCCAGCCAAGCCUCUGGACACACCGUGCGCGUGCCCCUUGCUGCCGGGAUGACCACAUUGGCUUCUUGGCAGCUGCUGCUUCUCCUCUGUGUGGCCACCUUUGGGGAACCACUGGCAAAAGUGGCGCCUGUGGCGAACCCUGGACCCACAGGCCAGCGGCCCGGACCCCAGGAACUCAUCAAUGCCUGGGAAAAGGGCCCGCGGUGCGCACAGAGGAAACCUGGGAUUGCAGGACUGCGAGCCCGUCGGACCUCGCCGUGCCCACCCGUGGAGAGCUCCGCGGGGCGCCUGCGGCCCGUGUGCUCUGCUCGCAGUCGCCUGAUCCCCGCACCCCGUGGAGCGGUGCUGGUGCAGCGUGAGAAGGACCUGUCAGCCUACAACUGGAACUCCUUCGGCCUGCGCUAUGGCAGGAGGGCGGCUCGGGCUGCACCAGCCACGCCAGCGCGGGGCUGAGUGCAGGGCGGGGUGGGGGAAGGGAGUGUGGAUCGCAGCCCCAGCCCGCCAGCAUGCAGGGCUGGGGCAGGGGACUUCUGGACUGUGGCAAUAAAGCAAUGCUGCUGUCUCA